UUAGGAAUAACAAUGGUCUUCUGCUCUUUUUCCUUUUGCCCAAGAUGGCAGGCGAGAAGAAAACCAGGAGGCUCCAGAAGGUCCAUGCCAGCCGCAAUCUGGUGCUGGCCCGAGGAAUUGGGAGAUAUUCCCAGUGGGCCAUAUAUACACAGAAGCAGGGUAAAAAAAAAUUGGAUAAGACCAUGUACAAAUGGAAGUACAACGCGCCGGAGACAAAGAUAGAAAAAAAAAAGAAAGAGAAGGAAGCAGCCACAGUUACAAAGCCCGUUGGGGGUGAUAAGAACGCAGGCACCUGGGUGGUCAAACUUCGCAAGAUGCCCAGAUACUACCCCAUGGAGGAUGUUCCCCGAAAACUCCUUAGACAUGGCAAAAAAAACCAAACUUUUGCCCUCCACAAGAGGCAGCUGCGGGCUUCGAUUUCCCCAGGAACGGUGGUGAUCCAGGGGCAAGCAGUGGUUUUCUUGAAGCAGCUUGGAAGUGGACUAUUGCUUGUGACAAGGCCCUUGGCUAUCAACCAUGUCCCUCUGCGCAGAGCUCACCAAAUGUUUGUCAUUGCCACUUCGACUAAGGUUGAUACCUUGGGGGUCAAGGUUCCAAAACAUCUCAGUGACGUUUUCUUCAAGAAGAAGAAGAAGAAGAAGCCCAAACAUCAAGAGGGUGAAAUUUUUGAUACUGAGAAAGCGAAAUAUGAGAUUGCAGAUCAGCGCAAGGCAGACUAG